AUGAGCGAUGAAGUUUUUGCUGUUUUUGGCUUUGGCUUGGAUGUUGUGCGAUUGCAGCUCAGCCCUAUGCAAGUCAAUGGCAACGAAGCCAUUCGCGGACCAACCGCCUAUCCUGAGAUGCGUCAGCUCCUGGCCGAUAGUGUCCGAUGCCCAAUUGACGGACCAACAGCCUACCCUGGAAAGUGUCAGUCCUUCUUUGUUAAUAUGACCACGAACAAAAAGUCCUCCAUAGACGUGAAGUGA